GUCCCGAAGUUCUGGUGAAUAAGAAAAAUGUGAACAAGUUGGCCAAGAGCGAGGGUUGCGGCUUCGUCAAAUUGUGGUUACGUGAAGUGUUGAAGGGAUUCAAACAAUUCCUUUACGAAGGUUCUCUCCAUGGAGUGAAGUACAUCUUCGAGCCUACCUUCAGCCAUAAAGAACGUGUCACAUGGAUCGUCAUCGUGGUCCUCAGCAUCAGCAUCUGUGCCAUGAACAUCAUCCAGCUGGUCCUCAAGUGGACGUCCACGCCGUUCGUCAACGUCAUCGACUCCUUGCCAACUCCAAUUUGGGCUGUUCCUUUCCCGAGCGUUGUGUUAUGCCCACAUUUACAUGUGAAAAAGUCAAUUGCUAAUGUAUCUGAGUUGAAAGGUAUAGAGCGAUUUUUCGCAUCGGCAUUGUGUCCUGAAAUGCAUGAAGAAGACCAAAUACUUGAAAUUAAACAAAGGCUUACUUAUAAGGAAAAUGAAAUGCUGCAAAAGUUUAUUUUGAAGGGUUCGCCAACUUGCUCAGACUUGGUGAAAGUAUGCCAUUGGCGUUCAGAAUACGAGACGGAGUGGUUCAGAAAAGACUGCUGCGAAAAGUUACUGAAACCCAUCUUUACUGACUACGGGCUUUGUUAUACCUUCAAUAGUCUACCGUUGAAUGGAAUGACAAACGAAACAAUAGAAUGGCAGAAAUCUUUCAACCCGUUCGCAAACACCAUGUCUCUUGAAUGGGACCUCGACAAAGGGUAUCCGAAGAAGUUUCCACCGAAACCUGGGACCCUGCCUUUUAGGGUCAUGGCGUCUGGAGAAGUAAACGGAUUAGGGAUCGAACUGUAUUUGAAUACAAGCGAACAUCAGUAUGAUUGUGAUGGGAACAACGUGGGAUUCAAUAUUCUUAUAAGUUCUCCAACCAAUCACGUCUACACCAGCACGAUUCUUCGCCUCCCCAUGGACAGAAUGACAACAGUGGAGGUUUCGCCAAUAACCUACAAAACCGACAGUUCUCUAAGAGCUCUGUCACCAGACCAGAGGCAAUGCUUCUUCCAGAACGAGAGGAAACUCCAGUAUUACAAGUUCUACACUGACACCAACUGUAAGCUAGAUUUGAGGAUUCGGGAAACGAUAAAGCAAUGCAAAUGCUCCUUGUACAAUUGGCCGAGAAAGCAUCUUUGGAGUCCAAUAUGUUCAACAAAAUCAGAUUUUCUAUGCGUUUCACAAGUCAAGGCCAGAGUAGGAGAACAGCUCAUCUACGCGUACUACGCCGACAGCGAAGAGCAAAGGAAACCGCAUGAAGACCCAACGUCCUGUUACCCCGCGUGCAACGACGUGCUCUACUCCACCCAGGUCUACUACUCCGACCUCAUCAACGAUGCUGUCGACGCCAAAACUGAUUGGGGACCUCAGAAAGGAGAGCGGACACGCAUCAACGUACAUUUCUACAACGACAUGUUUUUGGGACAACACCGUCAUGCCCAAUACGAUGACUAUUAUUUUGCAGGUGCAAUCGGCGGUCUGCUCAGCCUAUUUCUGGGAUUCAGCAUCAUCAGUGUGGCAGAAUUAGUGUACUUUGUUAUAUUAAAACCGAUACACAUAGCUUUUAAAGCUAAUUAUAACAGGAACUAA